AUGUCCACGCUGUCUUCUCCACCUCCCUCCAUUGCCUCUUCGCGUGCUCAAUCUCCAACUCCGGCAUCUUCUCGGCCAUCCCUCGAUGCGUUGAACACCAACAUCCCCGGCGGGCUCAGUGCCUCGUCAACCCCAUCCACCGCACGAGCGAUCUCCCCCAACCCACGCCGUAAUCGCUCCGCCCUACGAGACUACUACAAUCUCAAGCCUCCCGGUGCAGACUCUGGCAGUCCCGGUGGGAAUUUUCGGUCCCAUAGCGUUCCCCGAAACACCGACGCAGGCGAUAUAUCCAACCCAUCUAUCCUGGCCUCUGGCACCGAGCUAGACAAUGCGGACUUCGACCCACAGCGCUACGUCGACCAUCUCCUAUCUACAUCCUCUCUUGCUACAAUUCUCAAAGCCGAGAACACUCUGGUUGGGGACAUCCGCACCCUCGAUGGCGAACGGAAGGCUUUGGUCUACGAUAAUUACUCCAAGUUAAUCCGCGCCGUCGAGACAAUUGGCAAGAUGCGAAAGAGUAUGGAUGAGCGGGGUGCUCCUUUGACCAUGACCAAGACACUGGGUCCGGCGAUUGCGUUCGUUGCUGAGACUGCGGGUGGGUUGAUCAAGGAGGGUGAGGAGCAAAGACGGCGGAUCAAAGAGGAAAGGGAGGCGAAACCACCCCAGCCUAACAAGGCUGAGAAGGAGACCGUGAGGUGGGUACUAGCUGCACCUGAGCGUUUGGAGAAGCUUCUUGCAGAAGAGAAGCAGACGGAAGCAGAGAAGGACUGGGAGGAGGCUCGGCGCUUGCUCGACGCUUGGGGUGAGGUCAAGGGUGUUGCGGAGGUGCGGGCGGCUUGUGAGAAGGUCAUGGAAAAGCCUAGCAACGACGACUGA